AGGAGGAUGUCAGUGAGUUUCAAGCUGGCUCCAGUUGGUGACUACUGGGCGAACAAUGAAAAUCGAUGGAACAUUGAACUUGGCCGUCAUCGUCAUAAGCAGUUGCUUAUCAAUCAUGCAGCUAUCGGCAUGAAUCUCGACGAGGGAUACAACAAUUUCGAGAAUGAGCACGGAGGAGAACGUAUCGAGAGUAUUCUUGCCUAUAUUAUGAAGACUGCUAGAAUUGGAAUUCCAUUGAAGGAGAUGAUAGAAGCCGACAUUGUCUGCAGAAGAGGACUUCUCCGAAAUCUGUCUAUCAACAAAUACACGGGGCAUUACAUCAACUUUUAUGCCGUUCGCCACCGUGGAGUCAUCUUCCUCUGCGAGGACAAGGACUUUGGAGGUGCUCCUGACAAACUGCGUCGUGCAAUGUAUCACACGCUAAAAUUUGAGAAUGUUAUGACUGUUCCGCAAUCGAGAGACAUUACUGCGUCGAGGAAAGAGGCCACCAAAAUGGUGAUUCGUGGGUGUCUCGAGAAGGAGGGCGCCGAGUCGAUUCGUCUUUUCUAUGCGGCUGACAUCGAUUGUCUCGAUAUUUACGGAUCACCAGUUGAAUUCAAGAGCAUCAGCAAACCACUGGAGACGGGAUGGGACAAGAACAGAACGAUGGCAUGGUACAUGCAAUGCUUCUUCGCCAGUGUUAACACUAUUGUGGUUGGAGAGAGACAACGUAGCCGGCUGCGAACGGUGAGACACUAUCGAAAAUCGAUCAAAACGAUGAACGUCGAAGCCUUCUACACGCACAGAAAUCACUCGUGGACCCGUGAAAGCUGCAUUGAGCAGCUCUACGGCACUCUAUCAUUUGUGAAGCACCACAUGUCACUGGAUGGAAUGGCGUUGAAGUUCUCGGUGAUCAACGGCACCAACUACUUGGCAACUACUCAGUAUGGGGAGUAUAUUGUGCCACAGAACUUUCUUCGCGUAUUUCCUUUUUAGAAAUUAUUGUUUUUUUUCAAAUCUAGAAAUUCACUGAACUGUAGCUAAAUUAUGCCUUCUUUCAUUCCACACGCUUUAUCUCAAUUUGAGAUUCUCAUCUCCCUCCUGUCCCUUUAACUUUCCGUAACCUUGCCACUUUGAGGAACUAUAAACUGCAAACUACAAACUACAUAUUGACUUGUUUCGUUCUCCCAAAAAUCAUUAAACCGUAUUCUGAAUAAAGUUAAACUUACAAA